AGCAAAAAAGCGCAAACAUCUCCUCCUCCAAUAGUGGCACCUCCCGCUCGACUUUUGAAAACUCACCUUUCCCGCAGUUUUUAACCGCACGGAUCCAAGACAAUCUUUUGCUGCCUUCAGAACUACACAACCAAGAAUAAACUUUUAACAAAAGAAACUCGUACUCAACCCACCUAAUAAAGACUACAAGUUACCUUCUAACUGUCGUACUACCCGACACAUUUUCUACCCAAAAUCAAGAUGGUGAAGUCCAACGAGCAGACCAAGGCGCGCUAUUACGCCGCCGGGCAGGCCCCGGAGCCGCAGGUGGUUGUGGUAGAGGCCCCGACGCCCCGCUACUACCGCGCGGCCCGGGACACGGCGGGCUCGCAGACGCUGCUCCGUGUGGGCAUUUCCGUGACCCAGGGGCUGGUGUCAUUCUUUAGUUCCUUCUACCUCUUCCUGCUCAUCUGGGGCGCACGCAUGGACAUGACCUACGUCGCUGGCUGGAUGCGGGACGGUAUGAAGUCCGGUAACGUUUUCAACUACUCCUUCAUCAAGUAUCUCUCCUACGGGUACGGCAUAUCCAGGAAAAAACCUGUGUAAGUGGAGUUUUGUGUAGCGGAAACACGAUGCAGCACGAUCAUAGUUUUUACACUUGUCAUGCGUAACGUAAACGUGCGUCAUAGAGAAGUUGUAAGUGAGUAAUUUAUUUUUAUUCGCACGCGUUUUCACGUACAAGUAGAAGUACGACCUGCGCCGGAUGACAAUUUUGCGCCGUCAUGCGGCCAGAGGACAGAGUUGUCAUAUUCAUUGUUUCCAUUCUCAAGGAAAGCAAAAGAGUAUACACUAACACAACUUUUUCCCCGCAUACGGCACCAAGGGUACGUAACGGUGAAACACGACAAGCUAGUAUUUUUACCUCCGCCUGCUCUGGUCGGGGGAAUACAGAAGCAGGGGACGCAAUUUUAGAACGCGGAGACAGAAUAGAUUGAAAUUAUGGCUGCUGAAUAUCAUGCAUACGUAAAUUGUUCUGUGACGUCAGGCGAGCUCCUCGCUUCUGUUUCAUUUUUUCCUUGCAUUUGCGUCACCGCAUGAAACGAGGCGAGUUCAAAAUUUUGUCUGCGAUGAAUACGUACGAGAGUGUUUUCAAGGCCGCAAAACGAGUUUUAUUUUUUUCUUUCGCCUCAACAGGGAGAGCGAAGAGGGAAAUACUAGCUCAACAUCUUUGCAAGGGCAUACACGACAAGAGCCUCGAGCUCGACGGGCCUCUCCCAACUCCUGCGCAAGUCGGAGCAAAGCUGCAACAAGUGCUACAACAACUUGGUCUUUAGGCAUUGCAAAUAUGUCAGGCACUGGGUCCGGACGGUGGGAAGCUUGUCAUGCUAAAAAAAUAAAAAAUAAAACAGAAAAAUCAUCUGUUGUGGUGCAUAGUUAGCAAAAGAUGCGCAGUUCUUGUGUCUCGGCGAGAAGUCCUGAAAACCCGCAGGAGCGGAUCUUUUGUCAUGCUCUGUGUGCAUUCCAGUCCUUUACCUUCUUGCAAAUCCGAGAAAUGAAUCGCAAAUGUCUGCAUUCUGCCCGACCCAGCCCUAAGAUUUGCAGUGGAUACACUUCCAGUUCCAGUUGGGCAAAUUCCUUCCAAUUUGGACACGAGUGUCGUCGUGAACUUCUUCACUGAUGUGCAACGGAACAUGUUCAAUGUUUCAGUUGCCGAGGUUUGCAUUCUGUUCGCCCUGGUGUUCAUGCUGCAGAUUGCCAAGUGCACCCCGCUGUUCCGUGACAUGAAGAAGACGACUGGGCUUCUGGUCUUCCUGAUCAUCACCCUGGUUAUGGUCUUCGUCUCCUUCGUCUUGGGCGUCGUCCGGUGGGCGCGCGUGGCGCAACUCUUCAGCGCGGAGAAUGCGGUGAUCUGGAACGAAGUUCGCGCGGGGAAUAUUUUCUCUCAGGCUCUUGCCAUGUUUGGGGCUGCGAUGUCGUACUUCGUUGGCAAGAAUUAUUCCCGUCCUUCGGUAUCAAAACUGAAAAGUGCCCAACCCCCAGAAACGCGAAAUCCUUUGCAUUUUUUCCAAAGUUUAUCUUCCUCAUUAUCUUGAUGUUAUUGUUAUGUUUAUCCUACUGACGAAGACGAACUUAAACUUGUAGUUUGCUUGCAUGAUGGAGCUGCGAGGCGUUUUGGUUCAGAAUCUAGAAGGGAAGUAAGUAGCUGUAGUGAACUAUGUCGAGCAUGUUCCUCCGCCGUGCGUUGCCACAGGUCUUCGCUAUAAUUCAUUCAGGAUCGAGUUCGAAAAUAGAUACUCGGUGAUGCUGCUACAUGCAAUAUAGCAAAUGUUUGUUCCCAGCACUGGGAACCACAUCUUUUCCAAUGCAGUCACUUAUAUCCGCUCUGGGGUACAACUAGGGGCGCUUUUCAUUUUGAUACUCGGCGGCUGACAUGGUAGAGAUCGGAAAAAUCGACUACACCAAAAUUCAGGCGAGCACAGGCAUGCUCUGGCUCAUGGAGGUCUGGAUGCCGGUCACCUUCGUCACGUCCUUCAUUCUCAUUGUCUGGGGCUACUGCCUAUCAAAUGCAAAAGUGUCCUCUGGGUCUGGAAGAUUCUAAACUUGUGAUGCUGUCUCUGGGUUCGAAAAAAAUUUGUAUUGCGUGACCAGCACGAGGAGUCUAGUUUGUGGUACGCGGGGAGGGCAUUUGUCAUGCGGAGUAGGCAUCAGGAAGCCCUCUACAAAUCUCUGACGCUAGGGCGUGCAUUACAGACAUCCUGGGUCAUGCAAAAUAUGCAUGCCAACCCGGCAAUCUUCCAGACUCAGACACUUUUGCAUUCGAUACUGCCGCCUUCCGAAGGCCUACUCGCCGCAGCAGCGCUUCGAGUACCUGCGGUCCGAAGAGCCGUAAUUGAACAUGUUUAUGCAAUACAAAUUUCCCGAAGCCGUACGCGUAAAUCUUAUGAAUUUCGGAAACUUGUUGAACAUUAUUUUUAUCUUAGGGCGGCAUAUUGACACUUGUCCUUGUCGUCCUGAAUAGGAUUGAGCACACGUUUUGUCAUGCAGAAACUGCAUUGGUUAGUGUACGUGCGAGGGAAAUUUGCUGUGGAUACUGACUUGUGGGAGUUAUGAUUUUGUUGAGAUUUGAAGUGUAGAACCAACCUUUUGUUGCAGUUACAGAAGAAAUACGGCGACCUAGCACAAAUUCAAGGCGGAGUAGAAGUGAAAGUUCUUUGCUGAGAAAAAGUCUAAGUGAUCAGUUUGUUUCUUUUGAAAGUGAAGCUAUUCAUUGCUACAUAGUAAAGCUUACUACUCAGUGUUGUUUAUGUUUUGGAGCAAACCAGCGGCGAAUGUUUAUUUGAAUGAAUACGCCAUAAAGUAGAAGGACAAGUUUUGGCUCCCUUUCCCUGAUGCUGUCAUGCAGCUGCAACAUCACGCACACGUUCACGAGUACAGUUGUCCUAGGUGAGAUGAACCACACAUAGAGGAGAUUUUCAUGGAAUUUUAUCGAGAAGUUGAUGUUUUGACCCAAAAGAAAAAUGAGAGGCGGAGAUGCUUUCUUCGAAGUUUUGAUCUAGUAAAAUCGACAGAAGAUUGCUACAGGAGAAAUCAACAAUUCUGCGGCAAGAAAGCCGCCAGCUGUUUUUUUCUACCCGACACCCAAGCAGAGAAACACGACAGACCAGAUCUAAGCUACUUUUCCUUUUGAAAAUGGAAAAUAAGAGCAACAUCACAGCAUUUAUUUUCUAGUUGUACUACUACCGGAUGCUUUUUUUUGCUGGCGCAUCAUCGUCAUCGCGAAGUAGCACUUGUAGAACUAGAACUAGAACAAGUAGAGCUGGGUCUUUUUGGAAUGAAAAACUCAAGAAAUAAUGACACCAAGAAAGAGGAGCGCUAAUGUGCUAUCUUAUCACAUGCUUGAGCCAUGGUUCAUAGUUUUGUCGCACCAUGCCCCCGAACUAGCACUGCAGAUCCUGUUCUUCAGUAGUACUUCUGAAUCAAGUGUUAGAAGUACGUCGCAAGAACGUAAUGCACCUGGUGACUUGUUGUAAGAGGAUUAUGUUAUCCUCGGCAAUGGGAAUGGCAUGUAAGUUGUAUGAUGAACAAUUAUCAUAUAUGUAUGAUGUAUACGAAAGAAAUGAUGAUGGGGGGGCAGAUGAUUCAGACACGAAUCCACUUCCCUAGCAAAAAAUCCGAGAAUUUUUCUUGCGUAAAACACGCAUUCCGCUCGAAAAACUUUAUUCUUAUUGACAAAAAGUCUUUGUCAAUAAAGAAUAGUUUAAAACGUAUAGAAUAAUUUAUACGCAUUUGAUGCUAGCGAAAAUAUUAGUGAUCCACCUGAUCCUAACGACCGUGUGGAGUAGAAGCAAUUGACUCUGUUAGUACCUAUUGAACCGAUGUAGUGAUGGGAGACCCACCCGAUACAAAGUAUUGGGGGUCUAGUAGACCACACCACAUGGCUGAGGUUCAACAAGAGUCUACUUCGGAUUAAAAAGCACUACACAUGAUGUCGCGGCGAUGUGUCGUGACGUCGAACAACAUCAAAUUUUAUCUGCCCUUAUUCAAUACCGCACCACUAAAACUGACGCUCUCUUCAUCUUUCUCGGCUGCAUCGCGUUGCGGCUUUCUUUGACGAUUCGUCGCCGAAUGAAAGCGCAAAAGCUGAUGUAGCAGCAAACCGUAUUAUUCCAAUUCUAGACAGUAACUACAAAGGUUGUAAGAAUAUGAUGAAGAAAGCUGAAAAAAUGAAAGCGUUAUGCUGGUGGUCGUGUGCCAGGGCUUGUUUUUUUUUGUUGCCCUGGCCUUGGACCACGGAGUGAUGCCACAGUUGUGAAAAUCGACGUUGUUCGGCACCGACGAGAAAAGUGGCGUUGCUUGGCAGGUCGUCGAGCACAUCUGGUGGAGGAUCUUGGCGAGCAGGAUGAAGAGUGUGAAAAAGAAAGUUUCGUUCCUCCUUGCCCACACGGUUAUUUCUAUUUGCGGAUUCCGAUUCUUUUUGUGAAGCUUAAUUUAUAACAUUCAUGUUGGCUUCUAUUCGAACAUUAUCGUGCCCAGUUUAUCGUCUUGCGCAGUUCGUCUUGCGGCGCAAGGCACGAACGUGAGGACACGCCCAGACGUUGUUGAAGAUCUCUUCCACCAGUGGAUCCACCGCGACGAGCAGGAACAGCAAGACGGUAAACACAAAUAACGAGAUCAGUAGUUGUAGCAGGAUCAUCAGGAUGAAAAAAGAAAAAAGCAGCAGAAAUAUAGCAAAUAUCAAUGCAUCGUAUUCUUCCGCAUCCCCGUGGUCGUGCAGCUCAUGCUAGCUCAAUUUGGAUCCUCUGUCCUCGUUCUCCUUCUCGUGAUCCGCAUGCAAU